CUGAACCCGCGGGGCCGGAAGCGCUGUGCAUGCCGGGCCGGCGGCGGUCCGGACCCUCAGCCGGUGUCUCCAUCAUGGCGGCGGUACUUGCCGCCCGGCUCUGGCUCUGGGCCGCGCUCCUGGCCUCGGCGACGGCCGUGUACGAGGACCAAGUGGGCAAGUUUGAUUGGAGGCAACAGUAUAUAGGGAAACUCAAGUUUGCCUCCUUAGAAUGUGCCCCCGGAUCUAAGAAGAUGGUUGUGGCUACUGAGGAGAAUGUGAUUGCAGCAUUGAAUUCCCGUACAGGUGCCAUCUUGUGGCGCCAUGUAGACAAGGGUACUCAAGAAGGAAUUAUUGAUGCCAUGCUUCUUCAUGGUCAAGAUGCACUCACUGUAUCCAAUGGGGGCCGGAUCUUGCGCUCCUGGGAGACCAACAUUGGGGGCUUGAACUGGGAGAUGUCCUUGGAUUCUGGCAGUUUUCAGAUGGCCAGCCUGGUGGGCUUGCAAGAUGUGGUGAAAUAUGUGGCCGUGCUGAAGAAGACCACUCUCACUCUUCAUUACCUAUCCAAUGGACACCAGAAGUGGAUGGAACAGCUUCCAAAGAGUGAGAGCGUUCAGUAUCAGAUGGUGUAUUCAUAUGGCACUGGAGUGUUGUGGGUCCUGGGGGUUGUUCCCAACAGUCACGUGAAUGUUGUGACCUUUCACGUGGAAGAUGGUGAGAUGGUUCAGCAGGUCAGGGUGUCUGCGCCGUGGCUGAAGAGCUUAAGUGGUGUUUGUGGUGUGGUGGGCAAGGCUGUGCUGGUGUGCCCUGACCCAGGCACCCGUUCCCUUUUUACUUUGGCCCUGGAGACAGAAGAGGAGAUGAAAAGAACCCCACUGCAGGCCCUUGAGCUAGAAUUUGGCCAAGGUUUCCAGCCCUGGAUCCUGCCUACCCAGCCCAGUCCCACAAGUGCCUCCAGGCCACAGUUCUUCUUGCAGCUGACCCCCAGCCAUUUUGCUCUGCUGCAGCACCGCCCGGAAGGCCUGGGUCUCCUCCGAAGUUUCCCACAGACUGCUCUGGUGAACUUUGGUACCAGUGGGGAGAAGACCGUGGCCGCUGUGAUGACCUGCCGUACUGAAACUCAAAAAGGCGGGAGUACCGAAGAGGCAGUGACAAAGAACGCUUCAGACAAGUCGAGCACGCAGGAAGCCCUUGUCUGCACUAACCAAACCUACACCAUUAACCUGUACCUGGCGGAGACAGGACGGCGGCUGCUUGACACCUCAGUCACCUUCAGCCUGGAGCAGAAUGGCACCCGGCCUGAGCGGUUGUAUAUCCAGGCCUUCCUGAAGAAGGACGAUUCAGUGGGCUAUCGGGCUCUGGUGCAGACGGAUGACCACUUACUCCUCUUUCUUCAGCAACUGGCUGGAAAAAUGCUGCUCUGGAGCCGAGAGGAGUCACUGGCAGAAGUGGUGAGCUUGGAGAUGGUGGACCUGCCCCUGACGGGCGCCCAGGCUGAGCUGGAAGGAGAGUUUGGCAAGAAGGCAGCCAUUCAAGAUGGACUUCUGGGGAUGUUCUUGAAGCGCCUGUCCUCCCAGCUCAUCCUGCUGCAGGCCUGGACCGCCCACCUGUGGAAAAUGUUUUAUGAUGCUCGGAAGCCUCGGAGCCAGAUCAAGAAUGAGAUCAAUAUUGACAAUCUGGCAAGAGAUGAGUUCAACCUCCAGAAGAUGGUGGUGAUGGUGACAGCCUCGGGCAAGCUCUUUGGCAUCGAGAGCAGCUCGGGCACCAUCCUGUGGAAGCAGUACUUGCCCAACAUCAACCCAGACUCCUCCUUCAAGCUGAUGGUGCAGAGAACCACAGCUCACUUUCCCCACCCCCCGCAGUGCAUUCUCCUGGUGAAGGACAAGAAAUCAGGAAGGAGUUCUCUGUAUGUCUUCAACCCCAUUUUUGGGAAGUGGAGCCAGGUGGCACCUCCUGUGCUGAAGCGGCCCAUCUUGCAAGCCUUGCUCCUGCCCAUCAUGGACCAGGAUUACGCCAAGGCACUGCUGCUGAUCGAUGACGAGUAUAAGGUCACGGCUUUCCCAGCCAGCCGAAAUGUCCUGCGUCAGUUACAAGAGAUGGCAUCUUCCAUCUUCUUCUAUCUCGUCGAUUCAGAACGGGGCCGACUGUCUGGAUUCAGGCUGCGCAAGGAUUUGACAACAGAGCUGAGCUGGGAGCUGACUAUUCCACCAGAAGUACAGAAAAUAGUGAUGGUGAAGGGCAAGCGGGCCACUGAGCAUGUGCACUCCCAGGGCCGAGUGAUGGGCGACCGCAGUGUACUCUAUAAGAGCUUGAACCCCAAUCUGCUGGCUGUGGUGACAGAGAGUACAGACCUCCACCAUGAGCGCACCUUCAUUGGUAUCUACCUCAUUGAUGGUGUCACGGGCCGUAUCAUCCAUUCCUCAGUGCAGAAGAAAGCCAAAGGACCUGUCCAUCUUGUGCAUUCAGAGAACUGGGUGGUGUACCAGUAUUGGAACACCAAAGCACGCCGCAACGAGUUCACGGUGCUAGAACUAUAUGAAGGAACAGAGCAGUACAAUGCCACGGCUUUUAGCUCCCUGGAUCGCCCACAGCUCCCUCAAGUCCUCCAGCAGUCAUAUAUCUUCCCCUCAUCCAUCAGUGCCAUGGAAGCCACCAUCACAGAACGGGGUAUCACCAGUCGCCAUUUACUCAUUGGGCUGCCCUCGGGAGCAAUCCUUUCUCUCCCAAAGGCCCUGCUAGAUCCUCGACGUCCUGAGAUCCCAACAGAGCAAAGCAGAGAGGAGAAUUUGAUCCCCUAUUCUCCAGACGUGCAGAUCCAUGCAGAGAGGUUCAUCAAUUACAAUCAGACUAUCUCCAGAAUGAGAGGCAUCUACACAGCUCCUUCUGGCCUGGAGUCCACCUGUCUGGUUGUGGCGUAUGGGCUGGACAUUUACCAAACCCGCGUCUACCCAUCCAAGCAGUUUGACGUCUUGAAAGACGAUUACGACUACGUAUUGAUCAGCAGCGUCCUCUUUGGCUUGGUCUUUGCCACUAUGAUCACAAAGAGACUGGCUCAAGUCAAGCUUCUGAACCGUGCUUGGCGGUAGAGAAAGACACACCCUGUCCUCAGAAAAGACACUGAGGAGGGAUGUCAUGGCCGGGCCAGAAGCCACCGACGUGAUUUGACCAGCUGGCAAGGAAGAGCAUUGGGAAAUGCCUGGGAAGCUCGGCUCAGCUGGGCUUCUGUCCAAGGAGGAGGUGGAUUUCUGUGACAAACUCUUUGGGGACAUGAGUUGGCAUCUCAGAGUGGAUUUAAGAUUUACUACCUAUAC